AUGGAUGACAGCAGCGAUUCAGACAAACGAAGGUUUGAAACAGAAUUCUUGCCUCUUAUGCAAUCGACCCUGGGAGCUCUAGCGGAUGAUGACGGUGCCAGCAGCUCGAACAACCUCCCCAUACACGUAAAGUCUCUCGGAGCGGAAGGGCAGAGUUUCUGUGACAGUAUGGUCAACCUCAUGAAACAGUCGCACGCUCUGCUCUUCGCCUACGAUCAACUCGCAAGCCAGGAGACGCAAACAUCACGUCUUCAAGAGAUCAGCACGACUUUCAAAAGGGAUAAGGAAGUUGCGAAGGCCACGAUCGAGGCAGGAAGACUCGUUGCUGGAAGGGACGUCGACAACCUUCUUGCAGACAGAUUUCACGAGGUUCGAGACCCUGAUGAUCUCACGGAUGAGGAAAUACACAAAGGCAGAUUGCUUUAA